AUGGCAGUUCAAUCAAUCCUCUCCCGGCUCCCCGCCACCCAAACAUCCCUAAAAGUCCAAGGCGCAGCAACCGUCGCCCUGCAAGAUGGCUGCCCCAUAGAGCCCCCAAAAGAAGACGAAGUCCUCGUCCGCAUCUUCUGCGUGGGCGUCAACCCCCACGACUGGAAGUCCCUCGACAUGUCCCCGUCUCCCGGCUCAACCUGGGGCUGCGAUUUUGCAGGGGAAGUCGUCAUGGCAGGGAGCCAGACCACGAAGUACAGGCCUGGGGAUCGCGUGGGUGGUGCUUGUGCGGGAAACAGAUCGGAUAACCCAAACAAUGGGGGCUUUGCGCAGUUUGUCAGUGUCCCAGAGAUGCUGCUGCUUCGCCUCCCGUCUUGGAUGAGCUUUGAGCAGGGCGCGACACUGGGUGUGGGAUUGCUUACGGUUGGGUUGUCUUUAUACCAUACCAUGAAACUUCCUCUUCCGUACUCGGGUCAGAUUACCGAUCAGUAUAUUCUGAUUUACGGUGGCGGAACUGCUACAGGAGGACUUGCCAUCCAGGCCGCCAAGCUAUCGGGUUUAAAGCCCAUCACGACCUGUUCACCCGGAAAGUUCGAACACGUCAAGUCCCUGGGCGCCGUCGAAGCAUUCGACUACCGCUCCCCAUCGUGCGCCGCGGACAUCCGAGCAUUCACAAACGACAAGUUAGAAUACGUGCUGGACUGUAUCACCGAGAGCAGCAGCAUGAAGAUCUGCUACGGCGCCAUCGGCAGCCACGGCGGCAACUACAUCGGCCUAGACCAAUUCCCCAUCCGCGGCCACACGCGUCGCGAUGUGCGCCCCGGCUGGGUUCUCGCGUGGACAGCGCUGGGCAAGCCGGUGGACUGGAAGAAGCCGUACCGCAGAGAGGCGCGGCCAAAGGACAAGGCGUUUGCGGAGACGUGGGCACCUAUUGCGCAGCGGUUGUUGGAUUCGAAGGAUAUUGCGACGCAUCCGACUGAGGUCAGCGAUGAGGGGCUUGCGGGUGUUGCGAAGGGAGCGGAGAGGGUGAAGAUGGGGACUGCUGGUGGUAAGAAGCUGAUAUAUAGGGUGGCUGCGCCAUCAGCAUAA